AUGGCAGGAUGAACUAAAUAAUGUCAUUAUUUAAAAACAGUUAUUUUUUAUAUAUGCUGUCCUUGUUGACACAGGAAAAUAAAUCAUCUUUAAGAAAAAUUCCGUAUGACAUGUGUUCCCAGCUCUCUCACCAUGUAAUACACUCAAAAACCUGUUACUUCACUAUGUAUCUCAUACAAUUUUUACAAUAAUAUGCAUCGGGCUAGCCUGGUGACAAGCAAAGUUGUCAAUUUUUCUUUUGCAUCUAGCGCCUUGUUGGGGUUUUAAAAUCAUAAGUACCGUCUGAUAAAUCUUGUUUCUUCUUCUUAUUAGCGAUAUGCUUUUUUAUUUUCCACUGCUUCCAAAUCGGUGAUUUAUGUUCACAGCCAUACAUGGAUUUUCACCCUUGUAUUCCGUCCAGUUGCUAGCUAUGUUAAGACCUCAUGCGUGUUUGACUUGUCUUCAAUUAUUUGAAAAAUAUCUUAAAGUGGCUUGAAUUUCUGCUUGUCACGAUAGAGAUGAGCCCACUGUACCCUAGGCUUGAAAGAUUGUUAACAAUAUCAGUGCAGCUUCCGUCCUUUUUCUCUUUUUUAAUAUCGUCUUACUGAGUGGAUCGCUUGCUUCCGGCAGCGAGGAGGCUACACCUGUGGUGCCCGAGACCCCCCCCGCCCCUGCUCUGGGGGAGCCGAUGGACCUGAUGACUGCACUGCAGCUCGUCAUAAAGAAGUCUCUCGCCCACGACGGCGUCGCCCGUGGCCUCCACGAAGGGGCCAAGGCCAUUGAGAAGCACGCCGCCCAGCUGUGCUUGCUGGCCGAGGACUGCGACCAGCCCGACUACGUCAAGCUGGUCAAAGCCCUCUGCGCCGAGCACAACGUGCACUUGGUCACCGUGCCCAGCGCAAAAACCCUGGGGGAGUGGGCCGGAGUGAGUAAUAUUCCUCAAACCCAUGUGAAAAAUCUCAAUAAAAAAAAUAUUUCUUGCGUAAAUAAAAAGAUUAUCUCCUUAUUUGGCACAGCUCUGCAAGAUCGAUUCGGAAGGGAAGGCCAGAAAGGUUGUGGGCUGCUCUUGCGUGGUCGUCAAGGUUUGAACCAAACAAACCGCCCCCCCUCCCCUUUCAUAUUCGUACAUAUAUAUAUUUAUAUAUAUUUGGAUAUAGUCCAUGGAAUUUAUUAUCUAGGAGAUGCUGUGAAUGAUUGAUCAUGGGUCGGGUCUCUCCGGCGGUGUCUGUUGUUCUUGGCAGGACUACGGGGAGGAGUCGGAGGGCCUUCACAUAGUCCAGGAGUACGUGAAGUCCCACUGA